AUGUCGUCGCUCAAGAACUCAAGAAAGGGCAACAGCUCCACUUCGUCUGCUCAGGACCAGUUGUCGGAAUCUAGAAGAAGACAAACCAAGCGAGAUGAUGCCAUCAGAAGAAGGAUCGAAAACGAUUUGAGCAAGAAGAAGAGAGGGGGAACCAGGACAACCAGGAGCAAGAAGGCCACACCCGGCACUGUUCUCUCGUUGAGACCCUCUGAUCCCAUCAUUUGCAAGACAUCCGCUACCGUGUACGAGGUUUCUCAGUUGAUGUCAGCCAAAAGGGAGAAUUGCAUCUUGGUGGUCAACGACGGCGGAGAGUUGCUUGGUAUAUUCACAGCCAAAGAUUUGGCGUUUAGAAUCGUGGGUGCGGGCUUGAGUGCCAAUAGUGUCACCAUCGACCAAAUCAUGACCCCCAACCCGAUGUGUGCCAAUGCUUCCACCCCCGCUUCCGAAGCAUUGACUUUGAUGGUUGAAAGAGGAUUUAGACACUUGCCAGUGUUGGAUGAUAACAACCAGAUCGUUGGUGUUCUCGACAUCACCAAAUGCUAUGCUCAACAGAUGGAGAAGUUGGAAAGAAUGCAUGCCUCUUCAAAGAAGUUGUACGAAGCCUUGGAUUCAGUGCACUCAGAAAUGGGUGCCCUUCAACAACCGUUACAGAUUUAUCAAUAUUUCGAGAACUUGAAAGAUAAGAUGAAUGGUCCUACCUUGGAUAACGUCUUGGAUGCUUCUACUAUACCCGUUUACACCAACGUGAAAGCCUCUGUGUACGACGCAACCGUGUUAAUGAAAGAGAACAGAACUACCGCUGUCUUAGUAAAAGACAAUAAUGAUGAGGUCACUGGUAUCUUCACUUCUAAAGAUGUGGUUUUAAGAGUUAUUGCGGCAGGGUUGGAUCCAAAGAAGUGCUCUAUUGUAAGAGUGAUGACACCACAGCCCGACGUUGCUAAGAUUUCCUUGCCAAUUCAACGGGCACUCAGACAAAUGUUUGAAGGGCACUACUUAAAUUUGCCUGUUGUAGGAGAGGACAAUGAUAUCAUAGGUAUUGUGGAUGUGUUGAAGUUAACUUACGCUACCUUAAAUCAAAUUAAACAAUUGGAAACGACUGAAAGUGGCCAAGGUUCUUCAACUGCAGUUCCAAAUGAGAACGAUGCCGAAGGACCAGCAUGGAACAAGUUCUGGACCUCUUUAGACAAUGACGAUUCAGAUUCCGUCCACUCAGACUCGGUGACAGAGAGUGCCCCAGAUAUUACACCAUCUGAGUUCCAAUCUUUUAAUGUCGAUAUCAAACCCUCCGACUCUGUUUCCCAUGUUGAUUCUCCAAGUGUUCAAAGAACCUCGUUGAUUUCUGCAAAAGAUGAUGAUGUUGCAUACACAUUUAAGUUCAAAUCGGUUGCAAUUGAAGGCAGAGUUCAUCGUAUUUCUUUGAGAGCCAGCGAGGGUGUGGCCAGAUUGCGUUCAUUGAUGGAUGAAAAAUUACACAAGAAGGACUUUGAACUCUUAAGAGUGCAACCUCCCAAUGGUGACGAAGACAGAGAAACUUAUGCUAUAAGUUACAUUGAUGAUGAGGGCGACAUUGUGUCCAUUACCUCUGACAGCGAUUUGGUGGAAUGUAUCAAAAUCAACCAGCUUCUCAAGAAUGAUAAAGCAGACUUAUACCUACACAAUCCUCAUGAGCCAGCACCAAUUGACAGUUUAAAGCUACACUCCGAAAAGCAAAAGAGGAGACAAGGGUCUAGCGAUAUUAUCGAGGGUGUACCCAAUGGUGUACUUGUUAGUGGUGCUUUGGCUGUGAGUGCAUUAUCUGUUGCUGUGAUUUUUGCUUUUGGCAGAAAAUGA